UAAUCCCCCACUUUUCACAUCUUCCCUGAUCUCUUGGAAUAGUUAGUUGACUUCAGCCAACAUUUGUGCUAUUUUUUCAAAUGCCUGCUCUAGAACCCCAAGAAAUCCAAGAGUCUCAAUUUAACUCACUUCAGGUGAGAGAAUAAGGUGUCAGUCUUCACCUCAUUCUUUCUCACCUUCCCCAUCUCUUUUCUUCAUCCCAGAAGCAUCAGGCAAGCCUGAUGUGUCUCUCGGUUCUAUGGCUCACCAAGCUUCAAUUCAGCAACUUUCAGGUGAGUACUUCUCACUUGGCAACCCUUCACACGUUGAUGCAUUAUAUGAGACUUCAGGCAAGAAUGCUUUGAGUGAGCACGGCUCCACUGAGCAUGCUACAAUUGAGCAUGGUUCCACUGAGCAUGCUACAAUCGAGCACGCGUUUACUGAGCGCGCUACAAUCGAGCACGCGUCUACGGAGCACGCUUCAAGUGACCAACCUUCAGGUGAUAAGUCUUCAGUUGAACACAUUUCAAGUGACCAGUCUUCAGGUGAACACACUUCAGUAGACCAGUCUUCAGGUGAACACACUUCAGUAGACCAAUCUUCAGGUGAACACACUUCAGGAGACCAGUCUUCAGGUGAACACACUUCAGGAGAACAGUCUUCAGGUGACCAAUCUUCAAGUGACCAAUCUUCGGGUGAACAUUCUUCAGAACAAUCUUUAGGUGAACAGGUAGAACAGGUUACAGGAGAAAAGGUUACAGGUGAACAUGGCUCCGGUGAACAGUCUUCAGGUGAGCAGUCGGGUGAACAGUCUUCGGGUGACAAGUCUUCGAGUGAACAGCUUUUGAGUGAACCACCUGCAAGUACACCACUUCCAAGCACUUCAGGCUCAGUGUUAAAUUGCCACACAUGUGCUUAUAUGAAUGAGCAAGGAAAAUGUCUUCGUGGAGAAGGAAUAUGUACCACUCAGAAUUCCCAGCAGUGCAUGUUAAAGAAGAUCUAUGAAGCUGGAAAACUCCAAUUCAUGGUUCAGGGGUGUGAGAACAUGUGCCCAUCUAUGAACCUCUUUUCCCAUGGAACAAGGAUGCAAAUUAUAUGCUGUCGGAACCAGCCUUUCUGCAACAAGAUCUAGAAGCCUGUGCCCUGCUUCUUGCUCUCACUCAGGCAGCAAAAAGCCUCCAUCACCCUACACAGCUCAAUUGAUAUUCAGCUUCUAUAAUUAACUAUA